AUGGCGCCGCCAACGCAAAGGGACCCUCUCUGGCCCGCUGACGGCCCACCAACUAACACGAUGAACGUCUCCACGUCCGCCGCCAACAGCCACAUGACCAGCACGGUCGAGUCCUGGGUCGAAGUCGCUUCGCAGCCGUCGUCCUCGUCGCUGUCGUCCAUCGCCGACGAGAUCGUCAUCACCGGCCUGCGCGUUGGCAGUGGCGCGACUGGCAUUAACGGCGGCGCUAUGCCCGUAACGCCCCAGCGGCGACGGCGUCUUCUGCAGCAGGUCGAGGCCGCCGGCGGUCCUUUGUCGCCCUCAUCACCGUCGUCGACACGACCGCCCACGUCACACCCGACCACGCAUCCUGCGUCGUCGUCGUCCAACACCGCCGCCGCCACCGCUGCUGCCCCCCGUAGUUCGGCCGGCAGCAGCCAGGAGGAGUACGACGAGACCGAAAGCGAAGAAGACCGCGUCCUGUCCAGCUCGGCCGAAAACCUCGAGCUGGACCUCGACGCCGGCCGCCCACCCGCCCAGAGCUACACGCUGCUCCCGUACCAGGCAGCAGCCGACGCUCGUCUGCGCCAGAGGGCGGCCGCCAGCGACGGCGACGAUGAAGAAGACGGCGACGACGAUGACGACGAGGGUACGGCCCUCGGUAUGCCUUCGUCUGGCCCGCCCACCUUCCGGCCACAGCCCAACGCCUUCUCGCAUCCGCCCACCCACCUCCAGCACCCGUCGUCGCACCGCUCGCUGCCCACGCCCCGUUUGUCGCACAUGCCGCCGCACAUGGCAGCCGGCGACGGGCCCUAUGCACCACGGUCGUCGCGGCCCGCGCGCAACUCGGCACCCAGCUUCAUGUCCCCGGCCUACCGCGAAGACAACGAUGAGGCUCUGCGCGCGUCGCUGACCACGCUGCUGUCGUGCGCAGCGGCGGCACGGCGUCUGCCCAAGACGGAGAGCAGCAGUGUUCGGACGGGCGGGGCGCCGUCGGCAUCGACGGCGACAGCGACGACGACAACGGCAGCGACGACGACAACGACAGCGGCGACCAACGCUGGCCUCUGCCCGAGCAACCAGCCGAUGGGUCUGCGUCUCGUGCCCGAGUCUGAGCUGAUGGACGACGACCACGACGCGAACGACGAUGCCUCCGUGUCGCCACGCACCCGUACGCCGUUCCUGCCGCCCCAGCCGCCCCGGCCGCCCCGGAUGCCUCCACAGGUGCCGUCCACUACCGAAGCGGCCGCGCGCCCGUCUGCCGCCGCGGCCCCUGUCAAACAACAGCACCAACACCACUCGUCCCGCAACAGCGCCGUCAGCGCCGUCUCUGCGUCCAGCAAGAGCAAACGUACCGGCGCCAGCAAGUCGUCCCCGCGCGUCACCAAGAAAAAGCGCACCUCGUCCUCGUCGGCCGCCGCCGCCGCCGCUACGACCGACGCCGCUGCCGACGUCACGAUGAUCAGCCCGACGCUGCUGACCUGGGUCGUCAGUGCCGGCGUUGUUGUUCUUGUGUCGGUUGUUGGCUUCGGCGCUGGUUUUGUCAUUGGCCGCGAGGUCGGGCGCCAAGAGGCCGCAGCGGCGGCGUCGGCGGCGUCGUCGUCGUCGUCGCUGGCCAUGGCAUCCACUGCCAACGGCUCCGCGUCUGCGUCGACCGCCUGCGGCCGCGAGAUUAUGCGCUCGUCGACGGGCAGCACGCUGCGGCGCUUCCGGUGGGGCGAGAUGACCAAGAGCGUGGCGGCAUGA